CUCUGAUAAUAAACUGCAAGAAUUACCAAAGAACAUUCAAGAUAUAGUUGAUCAUUUAAAUCACAAAUCCAAUGUGACAGUCCAUAUAAAUGUGAAAAACAACCCCUUAAUAUGUAGCUGCAACUCAUUUGACUUUGUGUCCUGGAUGCAAGAUCAUAGUAACAACAUAGCUGAAUGGGAAAACUUGGAAUGCUUAUACACAAAUUAUUCAAAAAUCAAAAUGCACAGAAUUGAUUUAAGUGUUCUGAAGCUAUCAUGUUGGAAACCAGUUAUAUUAGCUGCUACGAUACCUUGCGGAAUAAUGCUUAUAUGUGGAUGUAUAGUAAUCAUAAUAUACAGAAGGCGGUACAAAAUACACUAUUUGUACCUCCAGUUAAGAGCUGCACUGAGGCGCCAUGGUAAAGAUAAUGAUGACGAGUAUGAUUUUGAUGCUUUUAUUAGUUACAGUUCUCUCGAUAAAACAUGGGGACUGGAGACACUGUAUGCCACUCUAGUUGGUAUUCACCACUACAGCAUAUGUAUUGAUGAUCGUAAUUUCAGACCAGGCGCUUAUAUCUCUGAUAUAAUCAUUGAUGCUAUCAACAGAAGCAACAAAGUCAUUCUCAUUAUCACUCAGAACUUUCUGCGUAGCAAAUGGUGUACCUAUGAACUGAACAUGGCGAGAGGAGAAUUGGCAAACAGGGGGCGUGACUGCAUAAUCCUCAUUUUGAAGGAACCAGUUCAUGUCCUACCAAAGGAACUAAUCACUCCUACAUUGCAAUCACUUCUGGAUACCCGGGUGUACCUGGAGUGGAGUGAUGAUGCUGACAGACAAGCUGUCUUCUGGAGGAAGCUAUGUGAUGCUUUAGGUGAACCGAGACCACAAAAUGAGAGGCAUGAAGGCAGUCAAUAC